CCUCGUCUCGUCUCUAUCCCCUGCGCCGUUCCCCUCUCCCUCUCGUGACGGCUGCGCGCUUGAACCCCCACCCCGCACACACUCGCGCCGGACCGGACGAAUCGCGGCGGCGGAGGGCUGAGGCGUUGGCGGACGAGAGGAGGGGCGGAGAGAGAGAGAGAGGCGCCCCGGCGAGAUGAAGUACGUCCUGGUGACCGGCGGCGUGGUGAGCGGCCUCGGGAAGGGGGUGACGGCCAGCAGCAUCGGCGUCGUGCUCAAGGCCUGCGGCCUCCGCAUUACCUCCAUCAAGAUCGAUCCUUACCUUAACACUGAUGCUGGAACCAUGUCUCCUUUUGAACAUGGCGAAGUGUUUGUUCUAGAUGAUGGUGGCGAGGUGGACUUGGAUCUCGGAAACUAUGAGAGGUUUCUAGACAUUAAGCUGACACGUGACAACAACAUAACUACUGGAAAGAUCUACCAGUCUGUUAUUAAUAAAGAAAGAGAGGGAGAAUACCUGGGAAAGACUGUGCAGGUGCAAGCCACUUCCUCCAGACCCAUCUUUUUUUUCUUACUUGAAAUUUGGCAACUUACAUUGAACAUUUCUUGGGAAUCUAAUGUGAUCAAUCAUGUUUUUUUUCCUUUAAUUAAGGUUGUCCCACACAUUACAAAUGCUAUACAAGAUUGGAUUGAGCGUGUUGCAAUGGUUCCUGUUGAUGGCCAGGAGGGACCUGCCGAUGUCUGUGUUAUAGAACUGGGUGGCACUAUAGGGGAUAUUGAAUCCAUGCCAUUUAUUGAAGCUCUAGGUCAAUUCUCCUAUCGUGUUGGUGCUGGUAAUUUCUGUUUGGUACAUGUCAGUCUGGUUCCGGUAUUGAAUGUUGUCGGUGAGCAGAAAACUAAGCCAACUCAACACAGUGUACGUGGUCUGAGAGGACUUGGUCUCACGCCAAAUAUGUUAGCUUGUCGCAGUACUAAGGAGCUAGAGGAAAAUGUGAAAGAAAAACUCUCCCAGUUUUGUCAUGUGCCGGCCGCUAAUAUUUUCACUCUAUAUGAUGUUUCGAACAUUUGGCAUAUUCCUUUGCUGUUACGGGACCAGAAAGCACACAAUGCUAUUCUUAAAGUUCUGAAUCUUGAAAGCGUUGCCCAGGAGCCGAAGUUGGAUGAAUGGGUGGCAAGGGCUACUUUAUAUGACACCCUACAGGAUGAAGUUGGUUUCUGUUCGUCCUUUACAAUUGUUUUAUCUGUCUGGAAACCUUUACUUAGGCCCAAUUGUACUGCACUGUUGUUUCAGGUGAGGAUUGCCAUGGUUGGGAAGUACACUGGUCUGUCUGAUUCGUACCUUUCUGUGUUAAAGGCACUUUUGCAUGCUUCUGUCUCUUGCCACAAAAAACUUGUUGUAGAUUGGGUUGCUUCCACUGAUCUUGAGGAUUCAACUGCUUCUGAGGCGCCUGAUGCUUACAAAGCAGCAUGGACUUUAUUGAAGGGCGCUGAUGGUGUUUUAGUGCCCGGUGGCUUUGGAGACAGAGGUGUUAAAGGGAAAAUGAUGGCUGCUAAGUAUGCCCGUGAAAACAAUGUCCCCUAUCUUGGUAUAUGCCUUGGCAUGCAGCUUGCUGUUGUAGAGUUUGCGCGCCAUGUUAUGAAAUUCCCUGAUGCGGACAGCACAGAAUUUAAUCCCAAUACGAAGACCCCAUGUGUUAUUUUUAUGCCAGAGGGUUCAAAAACACAUAUGGGUGGGACCAUGCGCCUUGGAUCAAGGAGAACAUUUUUCAAGGUUACUGACUGCAAAUCCGCCAAGCUCUAUGGUGAUGUCAACUAUGUAGAUGAGAGGCAUCGGCACAGAUAUGAGGUAAAUCCUGAUAUGGUGCCAGCAUUUGAAAAUGCUGGACUUCAGUUUGUUGGCAAGGACGAGACUGGACAGAGAAUGGAGAUCAUUGAAAUACCUGAUCACCGGUUCUUCGUCGGCGUCCAAUUCCAUCCAGAGUUCAAGUCAACGCCUUCAAAACCUUCACCUCCAUUUGUCGGACUAAUCGCCGCAGCGUGUGGGCAGCUGGACCAGGUGCUGCAGGACAGCUGCAAUGGCCAUGUGGUUGCGGCUAAACACAAGCUCGGUGACAGCUCCUCGACACCCCUAGUACACCAGAACGGGCACGCGCAGAAGCAAGCCAAUGGUGGUGUAGCAAAUGGAACCUGCCAUGCCAACGGCAAUGGCAGUACCCAUGGUUAGCGUACCGUCGGUUUCGCCAAGGGGAUCAUCUCGCCUGUCUUCUGUGGUCCUCAUCGUCCCGUCGACUGCGACAACGGCUGAGCAACUUAUCAGCAGGGCCGGCGGCCCUACAAGAAGGGCGACGGUCAGAGCCUAGGAAAAAAAAAUAGAGGACUAGCAUUUUAUACAUGAGCACCUUGUAUAGUAUUAGGUUCUGUGCUGAUAUGCAGCCGAAUGUUUUUGAUCCUUGCGUCUGGACUAAAUAAUAAGGUAGACCAUCUUAGAAAGUCUUAGUCUUGUCGAGACAGAGCCUGGGUUGUUGGGUGUGUACUUUGAUUUCCUUUAAGAAACUUAUGGUUACUGUUUCUUCCCAGUUAAUUCCAGUUUCUUUCUCUGUUUA